UGUUUUUUGAAUAUCAGUUAUCAUGUUCACAUACAGAAUAUGUCUGUUAAUUAAAAUACUCUUGACAGAAUGGAAUUUAAUUAUUCAGAACAUUCGACAAAUUUAUUCCAGAAGAAAAUUGAAGAUUUAGAAAUUGGUAUCCAAAGAAAAGAUUUACGUAUAAAACAUUUAUUUAGUGAUAAUCAGAAAUUGGCUAUUAAAGUGAAAAAACUUCAGAGAUGUAAUCGUAAUUUUCAACAACAGCUGGAUAAUGAAAGAUAUUUUUAUGAAAAAGAAAAAGAACAUUUUCAUGAAGAGCUUGACAAUCAACGUAAAAAAUGCAAUGGUAGUACAUCUCGUCUUCAUCUUCGUCGACAACGGGAAUUAGAACGAGCUUUUGAAGCUGUUCAAGAGGAAAAUAAGCGGCUUGAAGACGAACUUUCUGAGCAAAAUGAGAUAACGCAUCACUUGUGCGUCAAAUUUCAAAAGCUAAAGGAUACACGAGAUCUACUUAAACAAAAACUUGCACAACUAUUUCAAAAUUAUCUUCAUGCUUUGGCAGAAAUGAUGGAGAAGUUAGAUGAAGCUAGAGAAGAAUUUAAUAGUGUUGUUUCAACUCAAAUCCACAAUUUACCUUUGGAAAAAGCUAAAUACCUUCAGAGUGUACAAAAAAAUCGAGAGUUAAUCUAUCAAAAUGCUUUUUACAAUUUACAAAUUCAGAAACUUAAACAUCGUCUAGAUAAAACAAAACGUAGAAUACAGAAGUUGGAAAAUGAUAAUGAAAGUACACAAACUGGUGAAACAUCAAUUACUUCUAGAUCUCAACGAUCUGAAUUUGGAGCUUUAAUAAAUUUAUGUUCGAGCGAGUAUAUGAAAAAGCAAUCAACAGGUAAUAACAACAAGAAUAAACAAAGUGUUCCGGAAAUUGAAGAAAGUUCAACAUUUCGACAAGCUGAACUUUGUGAGAAUUGUAAUGAAUACAUUAGCAGUGAUAUUGAAAUUUCUGAGCAUGAUACGAAAAUGUCUGAUGACAGUUCAAAUGCAGAUGAAUCAUCUGAAUCCUGAUAAUGGAAAUUGGAAGUUAUUGCAGAGGAGAAAGAAGAAGAGGUCCCGGGAAGUGAUCUUUCUCAGUGGACUGUUACAGAGCCGGUUCACAAACGCGCAGUCAGGUUUUAACGAUUGGUCAUUAAAAAGAGAAGAAAAUUGAGACGUUGCUAAUGUUCAGCAAACUCAUAGUUAAGAU